CGCGUUUCACAUUCCUGACAUUCCGACCUCAGUCCCUCCUCGGUUACUUAUUAUCGCCGCCUGCUCUCUCCAUAAUCAUUCCACAGUGAGAGAGGCAGAGAGGGGGAGCAACAUGAGACGCGCUUAACUCGACUAAAAACCAAAAGGAAAUAUUGGAAAUACUCUGAAUUUGACUUCUAAUCCGGGGUUAGGAUGUGCGCCUGAGCUGGUUCACUGCGGAUUUAUUUAAACAUUUUUUAAGUUGACAAGAAGCAGAUCUGCUGACACUUUCCGAGAACCUCCCACACUUAACAAUGUCGUCCACAGAGGAGCCGUCUGGCACAGUCCUACACCGUCUCAUCCAGGAGCAGCUUCGCUAUGGAAACCCCACGGACACCCGCACCUUAUUAGCCAUCCAGCAGCAGGCUCUGCGUGGAGGCAACGGAAACAACAGUGGACCCAGCAGUGGAGGAGAAAUGAGCAGGAGCCCACAAUCAUCUCUGGAGAGUCUGACUCUGGAGGACCCAUUGCUCCCUCAGCUCUCAGCAAGGCAGGAGCCUCAAGGCCAAGAGCACCAAGGAGACUACCUUGACUCAGAAAGCAGCUACCAGCUGCAUGGCGAGAAGCUGCCCACUUACGAGCAGGCCAAGGCACAUUCCCAGUACCUGUCCUCUAACUGGGCCCACAGAGAGCUCCACGGGGGGCAGCUUCUGCUGCAUGAUGGGACAUUCCACCAAGAGGCAGAUCUGCUGGAGCACAAGUGCAGCCACGUGCACUCACUCAGCGAGCAUCGCUUGCAGAUAUCUCUGGAGAGGAGGGAUGCAGCAGCUAAGGCAGAGGCCGUCAGAGCCAACUCUCAUAGUUACCCCGAGCUGCCUUAUUACACACCUCAGUACAUUCAGAGCAUGGGGCAAAGCACAGACAAACAGAUCCCACCUCCAGAGUACACCUCUCCCCUCCAGGGCCAGGGAUUCAUCCCUCAUCAGGUCCAAGAACCAGUGCAGGCUCAGCAGCACAGGUAUGUUCAGUCUGCCCAGCCUGGGGAAGCCCCUAGCUACAGCACAUUCAACAGCCUGACACCUGCUGGAUUGGAGGAGCCCAACCAGCUGGAGCUGCUGAUGAUGGAGAAUGAGAGGCUGAGGCAGGAGCUGGGAGCACACAGGGAGAAGACGGGCAGAAUUCAGAAGCUGGAGCAGGAAAUUCAGCGUAUUUCCGAGGCCUAUGAGACAUUGAUGCAGGGCAGCAGUAAGAGAGAAAACCUGGAGCAGACACUGAGGAAAAGGCUUGUGGCUGAAAUCAGAAGGCUGCAGGAUUUCAACAGAGACCUUAGAGAAAACCUGGAGAAUGCCAGAACUCAUGUUGCAAAGGAAGUAAAGGCAGCCGACCAUAAUCAACACAUUAUGGCUAAACUCCUUGAACAAAAUGAGGAGCAAAACUACGAGCGGGAGCGUGUGGAGCGGGAGCUGCAGCGUUUGCGAGCAACCGCGGAGGAGCAGAGCCUUAGGACAAAGCGGCUCGACGAGGCCCUGGAGGCCGCUCGGGCAAGAAGUCGUAAACUCGAGGAUGAGUUGGGGAGAAAGAGGGCGUAUGUCGAUAAAGUUGAGAGGCUUCAGAGUGCACUGGCUCAGCUGCAGUCCACCUGUGAGAAGAGGGAGAGCCUGGAGAUGAAGCUGAGGACGAGGCUAGAGCAGGAGCUGAAGACUCUGAGGGCUCAACAGAGGCAGUCCCAGCCCCCAGAAUUGACCAUGAAUUCGCUCCAGGAGCGGCUACGUGAGCGUGAGGAGCGAAUCCUGGCUCUCGAAGCCGACAUGGUGCGCUGGGAGCAGAAGUACCUGGAGGAGAGCACAAUGAGGCAGUUUGCCAUGGAGGUAGCUGCCACCGCUGCUGCUCAGAGAGACACCACCAUCAUUAACCACUCUCCCUGCCACUCCUCCAACAACAGCUUCAACGAGGACCUGCCCGUUGCUGACCAAAGGAACCAGGAGAUGGAAAACAGGAUUCGAGCUCUUUAUGCUCAAAUUUUGGAAAAAGAUGCCGUGAUCAAGAUCCUCAACCAGCGGCUGCACCAGGAUCAAAACCCAAAGGAGGAGCAGAGUUGCAGAACAAAUCUCUUGAAGACAACACGGUCUCCGCUUCGGGCUGCCUCCUCCACUCCCUCGAUCUACACCACCAGCACUACGAGUAGAGGUAAAAAUCUGUCAGACGAUCAAACAGUUUGUCAGUUUUCUGCUCAAUCUGAACCUUCAACGCUGGAACGGCAGCAAGAGGGAACCAAAUCCAGAGAGCCCACCAGCACUACUGAGCUAACCAGUGACAAAACAGCCCCCAAGAAGCUGCUGUCCAAUCCCUUCAGAGGCCUUGAUGAUCUGGAGUCAGAAGCAGUGGAAAUCUUCAUUUGAAUAUCCAGGAGUUGAACUCUGACUUGGGGGGGGGGGGGGGGCCUCCGUUUAUCUGUGAAGACUGCCAGAAUAAAGACUAAUUACUGGAUCUGAGACUGUUAAGGAAAGAGAGAAAUUAGAUUUUUAGUGUCAGAGCUGUGCUCCGACACCGUCUGGAUGCUCCAACCCCGGCUGCUGGCGGCUCUGACGAGCAGAGUGACAAAACACGGACAAUCCGAGGUACUUGUUGGACAGUAUUGUGGUUUCUAACAUAUUCUCAUAGAGUGUAUGCCAAAAUAUUUAUAUAAAUCUCUCUACUUACUUACACAUUUUUAAAAAUGCUGCUUUUCCUCUUUAUUGUCCCCCUUUGUUUCGUUUCCCAGUAAGUUUAAAAGCUAAACACUUAUCUAAUCUGGUUUCCACAUUCCCCGAAUAUUAACUCAAGCCUCAUACAUAAAUAUUCAAUCAAGGGUGAGCUAUGUGACCUGUAUUCCCCUCGCUCUCUUAAAAAAUGUGGAUUUAAUCUUGAGUAAUCGCAUUCUCACAGAGAUUUUAUCUCUUUUGAAGACUUGCCCGAUUUCAUUGUUUUUUUUUUUUUUAUUUAAGCUGAUAACAUGAGAUUUAGAGCUGUCCCUGGUCAUAUUUCUUCAGCCUGAGGAGCUGGAUCUGCUGAGGAUUUUGAGGAAUGUGAUCAGCGAGCUGCUUAAUAUAUUCAUUUUUUUUACACAGAACUGGUGUAAGAUUGUGAUGUUGGGAUGUUGUUUUUAUUAUUAUUUUUUUCGUGUGUGAUGCUGAGUGCGUGCCUCGAUGUGGCGACCCUGCUGGUUUGGAUGCCACUGGGGGGCAACAAAAGGUGUUUGGUCUUUUCUGUUUUGUUUACUGUGAGCUGUGAACUAACAAGCAGUUUAAUUAAUUUUAUCAUAUGUUUUAUACAGAUAUUGUUAUUUUUAGAUACAGUAGUGCUUUCAGGAGAACGCCAAAGAGUUUGUGUAUGGUAUUUCUAAGUUAUGUGCCGACAAUCUUGUUGAGAUGGACACCGCUGAGCGUGUUUUGACUUCAAACAGGCAUUUGUGUGAAUGUAACUGUGUGAAAGUUUUCACAUGUGAAAUUGUGCAACAUUUCAUAAAGCAAUAAAAGUUUCUAAUAUA